AUGUCCUCGACAUUGUUCCAAGAUUGGUAUAUCGUGAAGAGGAACCCCAAUUCAGGUGGAAAGAAGAUAGUUGAGGCGUAUGGCGGUUCUCCUAUAUGGAAACCAAACUUUUUGUAUGUAAAGGUGCCUGAAAAGUAUUUUGUUGCCUGGAAUCACCAAGAAACCAAUGGAUUCGAGGCAAUAAAGGAUGAUUGGACAGAUGAAGACAAAGAAAAGAUCAAGGAGUUUAGCGAGGUCUUUAAGAAACUCGAGAAGUACUCCAAAAUAGUUAAAUGGGAGGCUGUGCAGCAUUUUGUUCCCGUUGUUCCCGUUGUGGAGAAAGAAGUUAAUAGCACUCUCGAGACCCCUGUCGAGGAGAAGAAAGAUGAAGAGGUGUCGACCACUGUAACCGCUGGACCCAAGAAGAAAAAGAAGAGAGUCGCAAAAGGCUCUGAGAAGGUGCAAAGAAAGAAGGCAAAGGCUGACGCCCUCAUAACAAAGUCAGCAGUUGAAGGAGAAAAGAUCGUUCCCCCAGCGACCGAGAAGUCCAAUGUUCCUCCAGUGGACUCUGGGCCAAGCAAUAAACAACCUGCCAUGGACAAAGGCAAGGGUCUUCUCGACGGAGAGGCAAUUAUUCACCUUCCCAUAUCUCUUGCUAAGAUGGGCACUCCCGAAGAUAUCACCACCUUCCCUGGUGACCUUGCUGGAGUCUUAUCCAAGGAGCCCAGUGAAGAAGAGCCAAGAAUUGAUGUGCCGGAUGAAUAUAUUGGCAUCGAGCUUGAGGAUGAUGAUGAUGCAGCCUCAAAGGAAGAUGUGGCUGAUACUGGCAAUUUAGGAGCGCAGAAGAAUGCUGGAGAGGCAUCUCAGAGCCAUCCAAAGAACGCCUCUUCUGGACAUGAUGUUGUAUGA